UUUUUUUUUCCUCCUCUGCCUGACUGCCAUCCGAGGGGUGUCUUCAUACAAAAGGGACUUCAAGUACUCCUCCGGCUUCGCGAGCGCUGCCACCAGCCCCCCAGCACCCCGCCAGCCCCUCCAAGCACCCAAAACAAACUGCACACGCAGCAAACAGCAGCAACAAAACCGGGCUCUGAUUGCCUCUGGAUUUUUUUUUUUUUUUUUUAAUGUGCGUGCCUGUGUUUGCUUUCUCUGACUUGCUUUGAUUCCAGAGAUCAGCUGCAGAGAGAGAGAGAAAAAGAGAGAAAGAGAGAAAAAAACCACAUAUAUAACAGUCCGCCUGGCGAUUUUAUCACUUUUUUUUUUUUUUUUUUUUGAGUAAAGAAGGAAGAUUUGCGCUGUUGUUUCUGAUUCAUGUUUGGGAUUCAGGAAAGCAUCCAGCGGAGUGGGAGCAGCAUGAAGGAAGAGCCCCUCGGCGCGGGGAUGAACGCGGUGCGGACGUGGAUGCAGGGAGCCGGCGUCCUGGACGCCAGCACGGCCGCUCAGAGCGGAGUGGGUCUGGCCCGGGCUCACUUCGAGAAGCAGCCUCCUUCCAACCUGAGGAAGUCCAACUUUUUCCACUUCGUCCUGGCUCUGUACGACCGGCAGGGGCAGCCCGUGGAGAUCGAGCGCACCGCCUUCGUGGGCUUCGUGGAGAAGGAGAAGGAAGCCAACAGCGAAAAGACCAACAACGGGAUCCACUACCGCCUGCAGCUGCUCUACAGCAAUGCGGCGGAUCACGAUGUUCAAGGGGAGAAUCAGGCCCAGGCGCUUUCUCAGGAGCUACCAGGAAAAUGCCUGGGCUGUGCAGCUUUUGCGAUAGUAUAUGAAGGCCAAGACAAGAACCCAGAAAUGUGCCGAGUUCUGCUCACGCAUGAAAUAAUGUGCAGCCGCUGUUGUGACAAGAAAAGCUGUGGCAACAGAAAUGAGACUCCAUCAGAUCCAGUGAUAAUUGACAGGUUCUUCUUGAAAUUUUUCCUCAAAUGUAACCAAAAUUGCCUAAAAAAUGCAGGAAACCCUCGAGACAUGCGUCGAUUCCAGGUUGUGGUGUCUACAACAGUCAAUGUUGAUGGCCAUGUGUUGGCAGUGUCGGACAAUAUGUUUGUACACAACAAUUCCAAGCAUGGGCGGAGAGCUCGAAGACUCGAUCCCUCGGAAGCUACACCAUGUAUCAAAGCCAUCAGUCCAAGUGAAGGAUGGACUACAGGAGGUGCCACUGUCAUCAUCAUAGGAGACAAUUUCUUUGAUGGGUUACAGGUCAUAUUCGGCACCAUGCUGGUUUGGAGUGAGCUGAUUACUCCUCAUGCCAUACGCGUGCAGACGCCUCCCCGACAUAUCCCAGGGGUUGUAGAAGUCACAUUGUCCUACAAGUCUAAGCAGUUUUGCAAGGGAACGCCUGGAAGAUUCAUUUACACAGCUCUGAAUGAACCCACCAUUGACUAUGGUUUCCAAAGGUUACAGAAGGUUAUCCCCCGGCACCCUGGUGACCCUGAACGCUUGCCAAAGGAAGUAAUACUUAAGAGGGCUGCUGAUUUAGUAGAAGCACUCUAUGGUAUGCCACAUAAUAACCAGGAAAUAAUCCUGAAAAGAGCAGCAGACAUCGCAGAAGCACUCUACAGUGUCCCCCGCAAUCACAACCAGCUCCCCGCCCUUGCUAACACGUCAGUCCAUGCGGGAAUGAUGGGAGUGAAUUCCUUUAGUGGUCAACUAGCUGUCAAUGUUUCCGAAGCCUCACAAGCCACCAAUCAGGGUUUUACUCGCAACUCAAGCAGCGUGUCACCUCAUGGCUAUGUGCCAAGCACCACCCCUCAGCAGACAAAUUAUAACUCUGUCACAACAAGCAUGAAUGGCUAUGGGAAUGCUGGAAUGUCAAAUUUAGGUGGUUCUCCAACCUUCCUGAAUGGAUCUGCUGCCAAUUCUCCCUAUGCCAUUGUGCCAUCAAGUCCAACAAUGGCCUCCUCCACUAGCCUCCCCUCAAACUGUAGCAGUUCCUCUGGGAUUUUCUCCUUCUCACCAGCCAACAUGGUCUCAGCGGUGAAACAGAAGAGUGCUUUUGCGCCUGUCGUGAGACCGCAAACUUCUCCUCCUCCCACCUGCACCAGCACCAAUGGCAAUAGCCUGCAAGCUAUAUCUGGCAUGAUUGUUCCCCCCAUGUGAAAGAAUUGCCUUGAAGAAUUUUAUUAAUGAAGAGGUUGAAUUCUGCUUCAGAGAGAAUCUGAUACAAGUCCCAGAGUGGAACUUUUUACUCAGGCCUUUUUAAAAAUAAAAAAGAAAUAAAGAAUCAUCUUACAAUAACUGCGGAUUUUUAAACAAAACAAAAAUCACCAUCCUUGCAAAUACUGAAAUUAUCAAUCUACAAUUGCAAGGUGUUGAUUCAAGUUGUCCAUCCCAAAUACCUGGGAGAUAUAUUUAUUGUAUGUUGAUAAAAAAGAAUCCACUUUUCUUUUUUUUUUU